AUGGAUUUUAAACCCCAAGAUUUCGUUCACUAUCUCCUUGCCGCCGCUGGUGCUUUCCCACACGACCAACCUGGGAUUUCCCUGAUAUCGGAGGAAGACGGCGAUUUGAUCGAAAAGCUUUGGACGGGAACUGAAAUCGCAAAUCAAGUGUUUGUUGCGAGUGACGUACGAAAAAAUACACCAGGUCUAUACCUUUUGGGUGAAGAAGAGCGAAGCAUUUUCUUCGUCGACAAGUCGGACGUUCUUCAGUGGUAUCGAUACGACCCAGACGAAGAGGAAUGGAGCGAAGUUGAAGUUGAUAACCAAGGAAAAUUGACCGUUCACCAAUCGAGCCGAUUAAGUGGUUGCCUCAGCCCGGGGGGUGAAAUCGUGAUAUUCGAAGGUCCAGAAAAUGGGCUUCGAGCGUACAGAGUCACAGAAGGGGAUAAAUUUGAAACCUUACCCCCAUUGUCCGCAAAUUUGGAGCCAGGGACGCCACAUCAGGCCGUCCUGCUAGGCGAUGAUACUCUGCACCUGCUGUAUGUCCACCGUGACAGGCGAAUUCAUCAUCUCGUUGCAGAGAGUCCUGGACUCAGAGAAUGGAAAGACACGGGCAGUAGCUUUCCUUACCCAAGCUUCAAUCACGAUGAAAAGAUUGUCAGCUUCAUCGUCAUCCCACAGGGGGAUGGAUCUCUGGAAAUAUGUGCUUUGAUGUCGGGAGGCGCGCUGGUGCAAGUGAAGACCAACGGGCAGAUUACCCAACUGGGAACUGUCAAGCAGGGCCGGUUCACGGCUCACACGAGCGAAGAGUGUGGUAUUGAGCUUAUGAUAGGCGUCAAGAAGGGUAUUAAAGCAGUUGCGCAUAAGAUGAAAAAAUAG